AUGGACGGAGACCGGCAGCUCUCCCUCUCCGCAGUGGACCUGGACCACGACGGCCAGACGGUGCCCGCGGACUCCGAGCGGGACCAGGUGGCCAUUGCCUAUGGCACGGGCGAGGUGGUGGGCGAGUUCUCCCGGGAGGCCGUGUGCUUGACCAGCCACGCGGGGGAAACAGAGGAGGAGGCCUUGAAGCAUUCGGACUGCCUCCAGGUGCGAGUGGUGCAAGCCACGGAGAUGACGGAUGAGCCCUUCCAGCAGUUUGAGUUCGACGGGGUGCUGGGCCUGGGCCUCGAGAGCCUGGCCCUGGACCCCGAGUUCAGCUUCUACGGGCAGCUCUCCAGGCGCGCCGCAUGCCGACGCGCGCGCGCUUGGUGCUGGGUGGCGAUGCCCAUCUAUGAGGAGAAGCUGAUUUCCCCCUUCGCGCUGCACUUCACGCAGGAGCACAUCAAGACCCAUUUUCAAGACGGGCGGGUUGUGGAGGACACCGUCCCAGAGAUCAAGGUGGAACCGGCAGAUGGUGAGCACUUCGACAUCAUUCUCAAGGCGCCCUUUCCGAAUAUCGAGAUCCUACGAUGGCAUCCGCUACACUCCGAUGACAGCAAGGAGGCUCAGUGGUUCACGCUGGAUAAUCGACGCCUCUACUGCCUCCAACGCAUGGCCGCAGAGCACUGGCCGAAGCGUGUGGGUGCCCUUGUGGACAUCCUCUAUGCGGAUCCUGGCCGGAUCCGGAAGAAGUAUGACUCCAGCACAGAGGGCCGGUCAGUGACCAUCUCGCCCUCCGUUAAGGUGGCAGCAAUCAGCCGAUGGGAUUGGCGGGUCACAGUCGCGCAGCGGAAGGCAGAAGCCGUGCCCGUCGCGAGAGCGCUGGAGACGGUGCGGGCAGACUGCGCGAAGCCAACUGUAUCGGAGCUGUGCAACGUGCCCCCUCCGGCCUUUGAAUCCGUGUUCAAGGACCAGACUGCGAGCCUGGUGUCGAUGCUCGCCGCGUCCCUGGGCGCGAGGCGUGCAGCGGCAGGGGAGGCGGAGACGUCGCCCACGGAGAGCACCGCGGCCUCGGAGGCGGAGAGCUCCAGCUCGAACACCCCGCGGGAGGACACUUCGAAGGAGCCGAAGGAUGCGAAGCUGGUGUGGCGGCCCAAAAGCGGAGCCGCCGCAGAGGAUAAGGUGAUGGGAUCCGAGAACUCGGAGCUGGAAGCGGAGGUCAUCGAGCUGGUGAGGAAACAGCUGGCCCAGCCCGGUCGCAGGGGCUUCGUUUGGACCUUCGGCCGGAGAAAACGCGCCGGGAUGUCAAGGAGUCAGAUCGACCAAUGGAACGAGAAAUACCAGAAGCAGCUGGGGAACUUGCGCGCGUUCCUGGAGAGCCAGCCAGAUGUGUUCACUGUGAAGCCAGGGAAGGGUCGCUCGUACAGGGUGGAGGCAGUGUGUGCAGUGUCUGCACCCGAGAAGAGCUCUGGUAAGUGGCGACGAUCUGGAAGGUCGAACCGCGCCCGCUGA